AUGGCGCCAGCGCCGGCGACGUUGCCCAACGCGGCGGCGAGGCGGCCUCACGCGCUGCUCGUCCCGUUCCCGUCCUCCGGCUUCAUAAACCCCAUGUUCCACUUCGCGCGGCUGCUGCGCUCGGCCGGCUUCGUGGUCACCUUCGUGAACACCGAGCGCAACCACGCGCUCAUGCUGUCGCGGGGGCGCAAGCGCGACGGCGACGGCAUCCGGUACGAGGCGAUCCCGGACGGCCUCUCGCCGCCGGAGCGCGGCGCGCAGGACGACUACGGCUUCGGCCUCCUGCACGCCGUGCGCGCCAACGGCCCGGGGCACCUCAGGGAGCUCAUCGCGCGCCUCAACACCGGCCGCGGCGGCGGCGCCGGUGACUCGCCGCCGCCGCCCGUCACGUGCGUGGUGGCGUCCGAGCUGAUGAGCUUCGCGCUCGACGUGGCCGCCGAGCUGGGCGUCGCCGCCUACAUGCUGUGGGGCACCAGCGCGUGCGGCCUCGCCGUGCGCGAGCUCAGGCGCAGAGGCUACGUACCACUCAAAGGUAACAAGUAA